UACCCUUAGUAUUUGAGUUUGUAAUUCAAUCUUAUAGAAAUGUUCUCACAAUAAAAUUUAAUCGAAAAUCAUUAAUAUUAGGUUCUAUAUUUAAAGCCUUACAAAAUUAUAGCCUAAGAUCGCAUAAAAUCGACUAAUGUCUUAUUUAUUCCUAGUGGUUAGGAGAUAUAAAGUUAUUAACUUUAUAAUCCAAAGCAGUAAAAAUAUUAAACUUAUAUUUAUGAUAUAAAAAUUCUGUUUAAAAAUAGUAUGAAUGAAUAAUUAAUCAACUUUGAAAAUUCAAUAUGCAAUAUAGAAUUAUAAAUUUAUGAUAAUUCUGAAAAAUUAAUUGAAUCUAAUAAAAUAUCCAAAAUAAAUUUUAAUUAAGAAAUUAAGGGUUUUGCCCUUGGGUCACUGUAAUUUGACAUCGAUCCAUAUAAGUAGGAAAAUAAAAUUCAAGAAAUUCUAGCCUAUUGCAAUACAUCAUAUUAGGAUGAUUAAUUGGCCUAUAGAAUAAGAGUCAAUAGUUUCAUGUGCUAAUUAGGAGAAUUCUAUAUUUAUUCCGGAUGUCAUAUAUGUCAGCCAUUAUAGGGAUUUUAUUCUGUAACAUAUAACGCUACAAAAUGCUCUAUUUUUGAUAAAAAUAAAUUUGAUGCCAUUACUUCUAAUAAAAUUUAACUCAAAGCUGGGUUUUGGAGGCCAAAUUAAAUUUCAGAUAUUAUAGAAUUGUGCUUUAAGAAUCUAACUCAUUGUGAAGGAGGAUGGACUUUUGGAAAUGAUCUUUGUUCUUAGGGACAUGUUGGAGGAUUGUGCGAAGAAUGUGAUAGGUAUGAUAUAAGAGGAGCGGGAUCAUACUUUAAAGAUUAGAAAUAACAAGAAUGUAAAUAGUGUUAAGAAAUUUCAAAGUUGUUAUUAACCUUUUUUUUAAUAUCAAUUUGGGCUAUCCUUUCUACUUUAUUAACCAUCAGAAGUAUUGAAAAAUCCAAUUAAUUAUUUGCAUAACUUAAGGUUAGAUAAAAAUUUGUCGACAUAUUAUUCAAACUAAAUUAAGAUCAUGAAAGUAUUUUACUUAAAUUAUUUUUGAAUUAUUUAUGGAUUUUUUCUCUUAUUUUUACAUUUAAUAUUCGCUUCUCUUUCUCCUUGAAUUUUGUAAAAUAAUCAAGCGAUACAUCCUAUUUUAUGGCGAAUUAUUUUGAAUGUAUUUUGGCUGAAAUUUAAGGGAUUGAGUUAAUUUACAGUAGAAUCUUGGUUAUGUUUUUGCUAAUGCUUGCAUAGAUAUUAAUAAUUUAUAUUGGAUAUAAAGUUGUAUCCAUUAUGACUAAAACAAAAUUUAGAUUGACAAUCAUAUCUAUUACAAUUUUAUAUUUGUAUAUCUAAAAUUAUGCAUCCUUGAUUAAUCAAUUUUUUUCGAUUCUGGCUGCCAGAAAAAUAUCAAAUUUAGAUUAUAUAUCAGGUGAUGUAUCCUUGAUAUAUGGGUCAGAUAAUCAUAUCUCAUGGAUAUAAGGAUUUGCAAUUCCUGGAUCAAUAUUAAUUGGAUUGAUCAUACCCUUAUUGUUGUUUCUAAUAUUGUACUUAAAUAGAGAAAACCAUAACAAAAUAAUGUUUAGAAGACAUCUAGGAUAUUUAUUUAAUGAAUAUACUCAAUAAAACUAUUUUUGGGAAAUGAUCAAAUUAUGGAAGAAAACUAUUAUUAUUAUUAUUUUAAUUUACUUUGAAACUGACAUAUUUUUGAAAGCAUCAUUAUUAGGGCUGUGUUUAUUGUUUUACUAAUUGAUUGCCUGGAAUUCUAAACCUUUUAUUCUUUUGAAGCUUAAUUUAUUGGACGUUUAGAGCAGUCAAUGUUGUUCCAUUGCAAUAUUUUUUGCAACUGUUAAAUAUAUAUGUGAAUAAUCAGAGUAAUAUCAUUUUUCAGCUCUCAUUCAAGGUUUAAUCUUUAUUACAAGCAUUAUAUUGAGUUACCCAUUUAUUAUUAAUAUUCUAAAACUCUAUUAUAAAAAAUACAGGUUGCUAGUUUUAGCUUUAGUAUUUUAAGGAUUUAAGUCUUUCAAACCUAAUUUUAAAUUCACUAAGUUUUUUGGGGAAAAAAUAGCAAAAUUGAGAUAGAAAGAGGAUUAGACUCUAAGGAAUAUCCAAAAAUUGAAGUCAAUACUUUUUAGGAAUAAAUCGAAUGGGCAAUUGUAAUAAAUUUAAAGUUAUUUUAGGGAAAUAAACAACUUUAUAAAAAGUAGUAUGUUAAAAAAGAAAUAAAUAUCAGUAAUCUAAGAUUGCAAUAUCAAUAAUAAAGUUUGA